UGCAGCUGAAUGAGCAGGCAUCUGUGAUCGUGGAUAUACCCUGAACACUCAGAAAGAAGUGAUCUGCAGAUUUCUAAAGGACUGGAGGAGCAGAAGACUUUUUGGAAGUUCUGACUGGAUUUACCAAUGCACGAGUCAUGACUCUGUUCAUUUUUUCACCUGUUCCGCUGGCUGCGUAGUAGCUCUCCACAAGUCUAAUUUCAAUCCCAAGCAAUUUACAAAACAACAGUGCCAACAACAUGCAGAAGCAAGUGGAGGUCAGGAUGGACGAGAGCCAUCUGGAGCCCGUAGUGGACACUCCUGAGAGUGCAUGUGGCGGUUUCUGUGACAAGAUCAUGAGGAACAUGGUUCUCACUCUCACAAUCCUCGGUGUGUUUCUGGGUUCCAUCGCUGGAAUGCUGCUGCGGCACAUAUCUCCCCUCCCUCCCGAUGUUAUUAUGAUCAUCGCCUUCCCAGGGGAGAUCCUAAUGAGGAUGCUGAAGAUGCUUAUUUUGCCUCUCAUUGUUUCCAGUCUGGUCACAGGACUAGCCGGUUUGGAUGCCAAAUCCAGCGGCCGCUUAGGGACCAGGGCCAUGGUGUACUACAUGUCGACAACGGUGAUUGCAGCCGUCCUGGGAGUGAUCCUGGUGCUGCUCAUCCAUCCCGGGAACCCCAAGCUGAGGGCUAAUCUCGGGCAGGGAAAGAAGAACGACGAGGUUUCCAGCGUAGACGCUUUCUUUGACCUCAUCCGAAAUCUUUUCCCGGAAAACUUGGUGCAGGCCUGCUUCCAGCAGGUAGGAGUCUCACAGAGAGUUUUCACCCACCAAAUAAAGUCUAAUUCAUAUGUCAGUCGCUCCAGCUGUUUGUUGUUUUCUUUGCCUCUUGUCCAGAUCCAAACAGUGACCACCAAAGUACCAGUGCCCACUAACAGGACCAAGGCACCCCCACAAUUCACAGUGAAAAGGUCACUUCAGUUCAAGAGUGGGAUGAAUGUCCUGGGUUUGAUCGGAUUCUUUGUCGCUUUUGGAGUUAUUAUGGGGAAAAUGGGAGAAAAGGCCAAGCUGAUGUUGGAGUUUUUCAACGUCCUGAAUGAGAUUGUUAUGAAGCUUGUUAGCGCAAUCAUGUGGUACUCCCCUGUUGGUAUUGCCUGCCUCAUCUGUGGAAAGAUCAUCUCCAUUGCUGAUUUGGAGGUGGUUGCGAGGCAGCUGGGGAUGUACAUGAUCACUGUGAUAGUGGGCCUCAUCAUCCAUGGAGGCAUCUUCCUUCCGCUGAUAUAUUUUGUGGUCGUAAAAGAAAACCCCUUCAAGUUCUUCAUGGGUAUAUUCCAGGCUUGGGUGACAGCACUUGGAACGGCGUCCAGUGCCGGUACCCUGCCUGUCACGUUCAGAUGCUUAGAGGACAACCUGGGCAUCGACAAGAGAGUAACGCGAUUUGUCCUCCCGGUGGGAGCCACCAUCAACAUGGACGGCACGGCGCUUUAUGAGGCUGUGGCUGCCAUCUUCAUCGCUCAGAUGAAUGGGAUUGAGCUUGACUGGGGCCAAAUUGUUACCGUCAGCAUGACAGCCACCCUGGCCAGCGUUGGAGCAGCCAGCAUCCCCAGUGCUGGACUUGUGACCAUGCUUCUGAUACUCACGGCGGUGGGGCUGCCCACGCAGGACAUCAGCCUCCUGGUCGCGGUCGACUGGCUGCUGGAUCGUUUCCGCACCUCAGUCAACGUGGUUGGGGACUCCUAUGGAGCAGGUAUUGUUUACCACCUUUCUAAAGAUGAGCUUGACUCAUUCGACGCCCAACAGACCCGGAUGGAUGACUUUGAGAUGGCAAAGACACAAUCCUUCUUUGAAAAUAACAGCAACCAGAAUGUAUACACUCACCACAACUCAAUCUUGAUAGACGACUGCAAGGUACAUUUCACGUUAACGGACAUAGAGACUUGUAUGUAGAGAAUCCUCCCCAGCUCUGUCUAUGUGUUUGUCUUUUUUGUGUUUGUGUUUUUUCUCUAUGUGACUUCCUAUAUUGGUGUAUUUGUGACUGUGUGUAUAGUAAAUGUCAUAUGAAAAAGCAGUUUUUGUGAUACCAGGUUCAUGAAAAGCAAAGUUUGUUCUUUUUUUAAUGUUAUACAUUUGUUUUUUUUAUCCUCUUCAAAAACUCUGUUUUUCCCUUAUAAAAUCCAAAUGAAAGUGUUUAUUUCUAAGCAUCAAUCAUACAGAAAGCUUUGUCUUGUACACGAUUAUAUUUGAUUUGUAUUUUGUUGUGGUAUGUCUUGAUUUCAUUAAGAGACUGUUUUUUUUUUUUUUCUUUUUCUUUUGUCUACUUAAUUGGACAUGUAUUUGUGGCAGCCCUGACCAAGUUACAGUUUUCAAUCAUUGGCCAUCUUUUCAAAGAGUUUUUGUAGCUAGUGGUAUGCAUAAAGACUGCUGUUUCACCGUGUUUCAUCCAAAGUGAUGCAUAAAUUCAUGAAAUGCCAAGCUCAGAUCCUUUCCUAUCUAUAUUGUAGCUAGUUUUCUGAUCAAACAGAAUUUCAAAGAAUUCCACACGUAAAAUUUUUGUUGAUAUUCCAUUGCCUGUAUAAUGCAACUUUUUGUCUGAUUUGUCUUAUGCUAUAGUUGCAUUGUGAUCAUUUUGAUAACUGAUCAGUAUUGUAAUUCGGUUUGGCAGAGAAUUCAUAAAAU